CCAGAAGACUAUGCGCGGCGUUGAGCCAAUGGAAGCACUUCCGCGUGAAUUCAUCGCGUGGGGGCGGGACUUCCGGCCUCCUCCUUGUGGCGGCCAUUUUGCUGCUCUCGGGCGUGCCGGGGCGGGACCGAAGUGACGGAACUGUCAAGGCUUAGGAGUUGUCCCCACGGCCGAGAGGCGGGUCCGCGGCUCGGCGAGGCCGCCGCCCGAGCUGUCCCGUGGCGGUGUCCGCUACUCUCCCUCCCGCCCUGGGCCCUGCUCCGCCCACACAGUCCAAUGGCGGCGGCGGCGCCCAGGGACCUGGCUCAGGAUAGUGUGACCUUUGAGGAUGUCGCCGUGUACUUCUCCUGGGAGGAGUGGAGGCUCCUUGAUGAGUCUCAGAGAUGCCUGUACCACGAUGUGAUGCUGGAGAACUUUGCACUUGUAUCCUCACUGGGUUGCUGCUGUGGAGCAGAGGAUGCUGACUCACCCUUUGAACAGAUCGUUUCUUUAGGUGUGUCACAGGCCAGCGCUUCCAAGGCAGCUCUGUCUUCCCGGAAGAGCCACCCCUGUGAGAUGUGUGGUCCGGUCUUGAGAGACAUUUUCCGUUUGGCUGAGCACCAGGGAAAACCAAGCAGCCAGAAACUGUUGCGGUGUGGGGCAUGCGCAAAGCGAUUUUCUUUCAUUGUAAACUUUGAGCAGCAGCUGGAGCAGCACAUGAGAGAGAAACCAUUCAGAAGCAGUGUGGACACGGCCUCUUUUGUGAAGAGCUGUGGAUUCCACGAUUCAGGAAAGCCCUUUACCUGUGGAGAAAUUGAGAAAGACUUCCUGCUCGGCUUGGGGCAUGUGCAGCAAGGUGCCACUUAUACUGGGGAAAAGCCAAACAGAAUCAGCCAGUGCAGGGUAACUUUACAGAGCAGAAAAAGUCAUUACACGUGGGGAGAUUGCAAGAAAGCCUUUGGUCCCAAACACACACUUUCUCAGGACCAGUGUUUUGUGUGCAGUGAAUGUGGGAAAACAUUCAGGUACAGAUCUUCAUUUGCUAUCCAUCAGAGAUUCCAUACUGGGAAAAGACAUCAUGAGUUUGGUGAAUGUGGAAAAUCCCUUCGGCAAAGUUCAACCCUCAGUCAACAUGGAAAGACUCACUCUGGAUCCAGGCAAUACAAGUGCAGCAAAUGUGGGAAAUCCUUAAGCCACAAAUCCGUCCUCAUUCAUCCCCAGCGAUGGCACAGUGGAGAAAACAGUUAUGUGUGUGGUGAAUGUGCAGAAUCUUUUAGUCAGAGCCCAGUGCUAAUUCCAUGUAGAGUUCAAACUGGAGAAAGGCCUUAUAAGUGUGGUGACUGUGCAAAAUCUUUUACCUCUAUUUCUGCCCUCAGUUAUCAUCAGAGAUCUCACACAGGGGAAAGGCCCUAUGAGUGCAGUGAAUGUGGGAAGUCUUUUAUCUCUAGGUCUGACCUCCGUUAUCAUCAGAGAGUUCAUUCUGGAGAGAGGCCUUAUGAGUGCAGUGAGUGUGGGAAAUCCUUUAUCACUCGUACUGCUCUCCGUUAUCAUCACAGAGUUCACACCGGAGAGAGGCCUUAUGAGUGCAGUGAAUGUGGCAAGUCCUUUACUCGAAGAAAUAACCUCAUUAUACACCUAAGAGUUCACUCCGGUGAAAGACCUUAUGAGUGUAGUGAAUGUGGGAAAUCUUUUACUUUUAGCUCCAGCCUGCGUUACCACCACAGAGUUCACACAGGAGAAAGACCUUAUGAGUGUAGUGAAUGUGGGAAAUCUUUUAACAAUAGGUGGACACUCAUUCGACACCGGAGAAUUCACACAGGAGAGAAGCCUUAUGUGUGCAAUAAAUGUGGGAAAUCUUUUACCUGUAGCUCCACCCUCCAGUAUCAUCACCGAGGUCACCUCGGAGAGAGGCCUUAUGAGUGCAAUGAAUGUGGGAGAUCUUUUACUACUAGUUCUGCGCUCCGUUAUCACCAGAGAGUUCACACUGGAGAAAGGCCUUAUGAGUGCAACGAAUGUGGGAAAUCUUUUAUUUCUAGGUCUGACCUCCAUUAUCAUCAUAGAGUUCAUUCUGGAGAAAGGCCUUACGAGUGUAGUGAAUGUGGGAAAUCCUUUAUCCGAAGAAAUAACCUCAUUUUACAUCAGAGAGUUCACACAGGAGAAAGGCCUUACAAGUGUAGCGAAUGUGGGAAAUCUUUUAAUAAUCGGUGGACUCUGAUUCAACACCAGAGAGUUCACACAGGAGAAAAACCGUAUGUGUGCAAUGAAUGUGGGAAAUCUUUUACCUGUAGCUCUACACUCUGUUACCAUCAAAGAGUUCAUGAAGGUAAAAGGCCAUAUGAGUGCAGUGAAUGUGGGAAAUCUUUUACCUCCAGUUCUACCCUGCGUUACCAUCAGAGAGUUCACACAGGAGAGAGGCCUUACAAGUGCAGUGAAUGUGGGAAAUCUUUUACCUUUAGUGCCAGCCUUCGUUAUCAUCACCGAGUGCAUAGUGGAGAAAGGCCUUAUGAGUGCAGUGAAUGUGGGAAAUCCUUUAAGGAUAGAUCACAAUUCAAUAAACACCGGAGAACUCACACGGGAGAAAGGCCUUAUGAGUGCAGUGAAUGUGGGAAGACUUUUAGCCAAAAAUCUUCCCUGUCAAUACACCAGAGAAUUCACAACAGUGAACGAUCUUAUGAGUGUAGUGCUUGUGGGAAGUCUUUUACAUCUAUCUCUGGCCUUGGUUAUCAUCAUAGAGUUCAUAAAGGAGAAAAGCCUUAUCAGUGCAGUGAAUGUGGGAAGUCUUUUACCAACAGCUCCAUACUGAUUCGACACCAGAGAGUUCACACAGGAGAAAGACCUUAUGUGUGCAGUGAGUGUGGGAAAUCUUUUACCAGUAGUGCUACCCUCUCUUAUCAUCAGAGAGUUCAUGCAGGUAAAAGGCCUUAUGAAUGCAGUGAAUGCGGGAAAUCUUUUACUUCGAGUUCCACCCUCCGUUACCAUCAGAGAGUUCAUGCAGGAGACAGGCCUUAUGGGUGUAGUGAAUGUGGGAAAUCUUUUAUCUCUAGCUCCAAGCUACGUUAUCAUCAGAGAGUUCACACUGGAGAAAGGCCUUACGAGUGCAGCGAAUGUGGAAAAUCCUUCAGGGACAGUUCCCAAUUCAGUCAACACCGGAGAGGUCACACUGGAGAAAGGCCUUAUGAGUGCAGUGAAUGUGGGAAAUUUUUUACACGAAAAUCUACACUCUCUCAACAUCAGAGAGUUCACACUAGAGAAAGGCCUUAGGUGUGCAGGGAAUGUGCAAUUUCCUAUCCACUGUAACAAUACUGGAGGGAGCUCUGAGGAGUUCUCUAUCUGGACUGAAUCUCAGACAUGUAAACAUGCACAGUGGGGAGGUCCCUUGUAAGUUUCAGUGAUGUAGUAAGCUGUGUAAAUAUGUUGCACUUUCCAUACUGUCCAGGGCUCUUUCCAGAUAUAGGUCAUGGCUAGGUCUUGUGUUCAAAGCCUUUUCACCUCUGCCACCUGGCAGGUCCACGAAAGUGUGCAUCAGAUUCCCACCACAGUGUGUUCAGGGAUGCUGACCUUUGUUCUCUUGUGAAUUGGAUCAAAUUAGGAGUAACCCUGAAGGUCAGCUUCCCCAUCUCCUUGACUACCUUGGGCAUGAACCUGAAUCAUUGAUGACCCAGAGAAUAUGAGUUUGGCUGGCAGCUUAUAGAGAAUGACUACUUUUUUCAGGGACAUGAUGGUUUCUUGUGAUACUUGUGUGAUGUUUUUCCAGAUUCCAAGUUACAAACUUGAGAACGGUCUGCUGCGCAUUGCUUUGGCUUAUCCGAUAAUCAAGGCCUUACUUUUUUUUUUAAUGUUUAUUUUUGAGAGAGCUAGCACAUGAGCAGGAGAAGGGCCAAGA